AUGACUCGCCGGCCGGCGACGGGAGAGGAGAGGAAGGCGGCGGCCGGCGUCGGAGGAGGGCGCCGGAGGGGCGGCGUCGACCGGGGAUGGCGGGGCCGCGGCGGGAGGAGCCGGCCACGGGCGGCGGAGCUCGGGCCCGGGGCGGCGCUGGCCGGCGAGGCGCACGGCGGCGGCGGCGAUGGCGGCGGUGGCCGGUGCCCAGGCGCGGCGGCAGGACGAGGAGGCGGGGCGACGGGCUCGAGGGCCCAGCCCGGGCUGCGGCGCGGGCCGGCGGCGGGACGCGGUGGGGCUGGCGACGUGGCGCGCUCCGAUUCGCUGGGCGCGGCGGCGGAGAUGUCCGGUGGUGGCGGACACGUCCGGUGA